ACUGGGUGCAAAUGACAAAAAUUGGUAUGUCAAAUAAUUUUAUUUUACUUCUGGUUAAUUUGCUUCAAAUGGUUUGAUUGGUUGUUUAAAAUAACCUUAAUUUUAGUUAUAUUUUAAUUCUGUUUGUUUUUGUUUGUUUCUGUCAUUCUUCUUCCAUCUCAUCUUGUCCUGAUUGACAUGAUUAAGUGGAUCUUUGGCUCUUGUGUGUGCACGGGACAUAAUUUUGCCUCUUCUCUUUGAGAUUUUUGUUUUAUCUCUACUUUUUUACUUCAACUUCAAUGAAAAAUAUCAUAAACACCCUUUAUUAAUUUAAACAAAAAGUAGACGUAUUAGUGGGAGAUGCCACUGGAGCAGAGAGUGAUCAAACCAAUUUUAAUUAGUCGUUCAACAUUACCCUUAGACAGUCAAGGUAAUCCCAUAUCAAUACCCAAUGAAUUGGAGUGUGUAACAAAUGGAACUCUUGCCAAUAUUAUUCGUCAAUUGUCAAGUCUUUCAAGAUACGCGGAAGACCUAUUCGCUGGUAUCCUCCAUGAGGCAACACUUCUAAUAGCCAGGUCAACAUCUCUUCAGGGUAGGAUUGACAGACUUGCAGUCAAAGUAACUCAAUUGGAUUCUUCAGUUGAAGAGGUAUCUCUUAAGGACAUCCAACUUAGGAAACCAUUCAAAUCAUGUGCCAGCUAUGACCAGCAAGUUGUCGCUCGUACCACAAUGCCCGAGUCAAUUAAGGAAAUAUAUAUGUCCUGUGACCGGCCCCCGCCUCUAGAAAAGCUUAACGCCUACCGUGAUGAUGGUAAAGAUGGACUUAAAUUUUAUACAGAUCCCAAUUAUUUCUUUGAAUUAUGGGCGAAAGAGAUGCUUGAGGUUACAGAAAAAGAGAAAAGUGGCAAAAAGAAUGCACAUAGAGGACCAAAUAAAGGCCAGGGUGACCUGGGCCCCAACGAAAGACGUCGAGGAAAGCCGAGACAACCUCAAAAUACCGCUAGAGAAAUUAUGGCCAAAAUUCCAGCAACAGAAUUCAUUGAUCAAUCUAGAUUACAACAACAGCAACAGACUCUCCAUCAUCAACAGUUAUAUCAGCAUCCUAACGGUCCCUUACAGGGUGUUGUUCAUUAUGGGCAACCACAACAUUAUUCACAGACAUUGGAAAGACCUAGAUCAUUAGGUAUUAAUCAAUAUCAAGGCGAUGGAUAUCAUCAUAUGGAUCCAAUGGCCGUGCCACAAACUAUUCCGAAUCAUCCCCCACCAGCUUAUUAUCCUCCCGGUAGUAUAAUGACUCAAAACCCUUAUCAUACUGGAAAUAUGGGUAAUCAAGGAACUAUAAGCCAGAUAAGUUCUCCUGGUCGAGGUAGUCAUACACCACCACCAUCUUACUUUGCUACUCCUAGUGGAACAGGGGACUCAAUGAUUUCUAUUAAUCAAAUGCCAGGUAGUCAACAGCAAAAUCAAGGUACUCCAACAAGAAGAAUUAAUGCCCAAGGAUCAGCAUCAUCAAUCACAGCUCGCCCCUCACAACCUCCACCCGCACCUCCCAGCAAUCCACCCUCAUCAAAUAGUUCUUCUGGUGGAACACCAACUGUUGGGACUCCCUCUCGAUCCAGAGGACCAUCUCUCACUCGAGAAAGUCUUCCACCACCACCUCCACCACCGCCACCUCCACCGAAUUCAGGGAUGAAUGGGGGAGUUAGAGAUAGUAUUGAUAGUGAAUUACCACUUCCUCCGCCAUCAGGGGCCCACAUGAGUCCACCGCAAGCUUACAUUCCUAGCGAGAACUCUAUAUCCAAUCAAACAACAUCAGUCCCACCUCCUCCGCCUCCACCACCACCAGAAGGAUUAUUAAGCAAUUCUCGGAUUAAAAAGGAUGGACCUUCUGUAGAUAGCAACAUGAAGAACGGCGUAAUGCCCGGAUCAAAUCUAGCUCAAGAAAUACUUCAAAAACAAUCACAAGUAAUGCAAUCCAAGACAAGCACAAUGAAUAAGGUAUUACCACAACACAUUCAACAAAACAAUGGCCGAAGUGAUUUAUUAGCGGCUAUUAGAGAAGGAAUUAUUUUGAGAAAAGUUGAUGAAAAUAAGCAAAAGCAAAUUGAAAAAUCAACACCACUCUUGGAUGUAGCAUCUAUCCUGGCCCGUCGUAAAGCAAUGGAAUAUUCAGAUUCAGAGUCAGAAGCUGGUAACUCAGAUGAAAGUGGUUCUGAUAAUUGGAAUGACGAUGAAAGUGAAUGUUAAAUAUAGUAAUUUAAUGCAAACGCAAAUACCCUGUUCCUCCUAUCAUUUCUCAUUCCCGCCCUUGCCUCCUUUUCCUUUGUUUUCUGCCUUUUUUAUUUUAAUUCCCAUUCAAGAGCUAAAUAAGAAAAAAAAUGGUAAACAAAUUUUAAUUAAUAGAAUAUUAUAUAUAUAUAUUAUUUAUAUUGUAUUCUAUGUCAUAUUGUGGUCACACA